AUGAAACACAGUAGAAGCGAAUCCCAGGACCCAUCAGUCAAUUCAGACAAGAAACAGAAAACUCAUGAUGAAAUUAACCAAAAUCAAAACCAUUCGAGAUCUAUCAGGACCGCGUUUGACAUCAAAUUUGCUCUAUCAGAAGUACGAAUGAUAUUCAGACCAAUUGGAAACGUGGUGACGGUCUGGCCAUUCAAAAAUCAUCCUGUUCCAAAGAAAAAUGAACGAGAAAUCCUGGACGAAUUAUCUAAACUCAGCAAGAAAGCCAAUAAAGUCUCUAAACCAUACUGCGUUGGAACCCUCAAGGAUCCAUUCUAUCUCGAGGUCACUUAUCCCGGUUGCGAGUUCAAAUGCGAUGAUUUACGGUAUGAUUCGUACAAGGACGCAAUCCAAAAAUGGCUCGAAAACGCCCCUGUGUCCGGUUUUGGAGACAACCGAGUCCUGGAAACCAAGGUGGAUCCCGAUGUAAGGAGGGCAUGCGAGAUACCAGCAGAUGGCUUCAAAGUGAAAAAGGAGCUCCUAAAGACCAUUGAAAAAAUAUGGUCAUCCAACUUCCAUCCCGCUAACGUCCGCGUUGAACCUUAUAAGAUCCAUAUCUACGGGAAGGGUGGACACUUCAAGUCUCACCGAGACACGCCGGAGAAGCUCUUGGUGGGGACGUUCCUUCUCGGAAUAGAUGAUACGACAAUGAUCCCAGAAAAGUUUUAUGAUGACUCGGAUUUCGAUGAGGAAAUUGAUUUCGAAUCCGAUGAGGAAGUUGACUGCGAUGAUGAAAGUGAUAUUUAUACAGAAAGCAGUGAUAACGAUGCGGAAGAUGACCAAGCUGUUGAUGGUGACCAGGUUGCUGAAGGUGGCCGAGCUGUUGAAGGCGACCAAGUUCAAGUUGAAAGUGACCGCGAUGCUGAAGGUGACCGCGAUAUUGAAGCUCACCUCGACGCGGGAAGCAGGGGUGUCAAAGCAAAAAGCGGCUUCAAUGGACGAGCAGGUAACUUCUGCAUAGGGAACAUUCAACGAACCGCGAAGACUGGCCAGUGGGUCGCCUUCUACCCUGAUGUACCCCACUCUGUUGAACCCCUCGUACGUGGAUAUCGGGCCGCUAUCGCUUUCAAGAUAUAUAGCCAGAAGGAUGUCAAUAUAUCGGAGGAAGUCUCUCGACGCUAUCCCUCGGUGGUCGAACAAACUAGAGCGGUUUUAUCGAAGAUAGAGGGCCCGUACGGAAUUGUUCUCCAACAUCAUUAUCCAAUGGGAACCGACGCAGACGACUUGGUUGGCGUCGAUGCAGUGAUCCUCUCCGCCGCGAAGCAAGUCCGGUCAAACACUGUCCGAGUCAUUCCAAUUAUGGUCCGGAUAGACGAAGAAAGGAUAGACAAGUACCCCAUUCACGAUCUGGAAAGUUGCAUCGAUGCAAGAGUAUACCCCUUCACCCAUCACCAUGUCGACAUCUGUCUUGUGCGUUCCGACGACCACACGAAGGAGUCAAUAGCCUGGAUUCAGAAUGUGAAGAACCUCCCCUUUUUUAGCUGGGAUUUCAAGAACAAGUCUGUGAAGUGGUCGUCUGAGGAAGACGAAAUAAACCACACCGGGAAUGAAUCUGAUGGUACUCGAGAGACGUCUGUGUACUUGGCAUACGCCAUUGUGGUACUAUGA